AUGGGGAAGGACCAGGAGCUGCUGGAAGCUGCUCGCACUGGAAAUGUGGCUCUGGUGGAGAAACUCCUGUCUGGCAGGAAAGGAGGGAUCCUGGGCGGUGGAUCCGGCCCCCUGCCCCUGUCUAAUCUGCUAAGUAUCUGGCGAGGCCCCAAUGUCAACUGCACAGAUAGUUCUGGUUACACUGCUUUACACCAUGCAGCCUUAAAUGGACAUAAGGACAUAGUUCUCAAACUACUUCAAUAUGAGGCAUCAACAAAUGUAGCAGAUAACAAAGGUUAUUUUCCUAUUCAUUUGGCUGCCUGGAAAGGAGAUGUGGAAAUUGUGAAAAUUCUUAUUCAUCAUGGACCAUCACAUUCCAGAGUCAAUGAACAGAACAAUGAAAAUGAAACAGCCCUACAUUGUGCUGCUCAAUAUGGACAUUCAGAAGUAGUUGCUGUUCUUCUAGAAGAACUCACUGACCCUACAAUUAGGAACAGCAAGCUGGAGACCCCAUUGGACCUGGCAGCACUCUAUGGACGGCUGAGAGUCGUCAAAAUGAUCAUCACUGCACAUCCAAACUUAAUGAGCUGCAAUACCCGAAAGCACACACCACUCCACCUUGCUGCCCGUAAUGGUCAUAAAGCAGUUGUACAGGUGCUAUUGGAAGCAGGAAUGGAUGUGAGCUGUCAAACAGAAAAGGGAAGUGCCCUUCAUGAAGCAGCUCUAUUUGGAAAGGUGGAUGUUGUACGAGUUCUGUUAGAAACAGGAAUUGAUGCCAACAUAAAGGACAGUUUAGGUAGAACUGUCUUAGACAUCCUGAAAGAACAUCCAUCUCAGAAAUCUCUCCAGAUUGCAACACUCUUACAAGAAUAUUUGGAAGGUGUCGGAAGAUCAGCAGUGCUUGGAGAACUUGUUCAGGAAGAUACAACACAAGAAAUACGUAUUUCGUCUCCUGUUGAGUCUCCUUCCCAAAAGACUAAAAGUGAAACUGUGACAGGAGAACUAUCAAAACUACUUGAUGAAAUAAAACUCUGUCAAGAAAAGGAUUAUUCUUUUGAAGAUUUGUGCAACACAAUAUCAGACCACUACUUAGAUAAUUUGAGCAAGAUUUCAGAGGAAGAACUUGGGAAAAAUGGAAGCCAGAGUGUAAGAACUUCAUCUACAAUAAAUUUGUCACCAGGAGAAGUGGAAGAAGAUGAUGAUGAUGAAAAUACUUGUGGGCCCACAGGACUUUGGGAAGCAUUAACCCCUUGUAAUGGAUGUAGGAACCUUGGCUUUCCCAUGCUUGCACAGGAGUCCUAUCCAAAGAAGAGGAAUUACACUAUGGAAAUUGUACCAUCUGGUUCUCUGGACACAUUUCCUCCAGAAAAUGAGAACUUUCUAUGUGAUCUCAUGGACACAGCUGUUACAAAGAAACCUUGCUCCUUAGAAAUCGCAAGGGCACCUUCCCCAAGAACUGAUAAUGCCUCUGAGGUAGCAAUUAUUGCUCCAGGAACUAGUAACCAUAGAAACAGUUCAACAGGUCCAACACCUGACUGCUCACCUCCAUCCCCCGAUACUGCCCUCAAGAAUAUUGUAAAAGUUAUUCGACCGCAGCCAAAACAGCGAACAUCCAUUGUGUCAUCUCUGGAUUUUCAUCGAAUGAAUCACAAUCAAGAGUACUUUGAAAUCAACACAUCUACAGGGUGUAUAAACUUUACUUCCAGCCCUCCUGUUAGUCCACCCACCUCUUCUGCUGAAACCACAGAAGGCAAUAAUGAAAGACCUGACCAAAGAGAGGACCCUUCUCAACAGGAAGCCAAUGAUCCCCCUAAAGAAUAUGAUCCUGGGCAAUUUGCAGGCCUUCUCCAUGGAUCCUCUCCAGCCUGUGAGUCCCCUGAAAAUCCAUUCCAUCUGUAUGGGAAAAGAGAGCAAUGUGAAGAAGGACAAGAUGAAAGCAGUUCGGCAAGCAGUCCUUUGCCUUUUAAGCAGACUGCAAUAGAAAAGAGCUCAGAACCUUUGGUAAAGAAAAUUAAACCCAAAGUGGUCAGUAGAACAAUUUUUCACAAAAGAAGCAAUCCACUAGAGAACCACACCAUCGUUGGUACAAGAACAACCAGGAGUGGAUCCCGGAGUGGGGACCAGUGGAUUGUGAACACAGGAGGAUUUGUGGAGAGAGCUUGCACUCUGGGGAGAAUAAGGUCAUUGCCCAAAGCCCUGAUCGACAUGCAUUUAUCCAAAAAUGUCUCUAAAUCCGAUUCUGAUCUCAUCGCCUACCCUUCAAAGGAGAAAGCAUCAAGAGUUAACUGGAGUGAAUCUUCAACUGCGGAACACAGUUCUAAAGAGACUUCAGAAAGAACACCAUCUUUCACAUCUGAGUGGGAAGAAAUUGACAAAAUAAUGAAUUCCAUAGAUGUUGGCAUCAAUACUGAACUUGAAGAAAUGAAUGGAGAGGCCACAAGACCUAGAUGCCCUGUGCAAUCAGUGGGACAAUGGUUGGAAAGCAUUGGGCUACCUCAGUACGAGAACCACCUGAUGGCUAAUGGAUUUGACAAUGUGCAGUUUAUGGGAAGCAAUGUUAUGGAAGAUCAGGAUUUGUUGGAAAUCGGCAUCCUUAAUUCUGGGCACAGACAGAGAAUUCUACAGGCAAUCCAGCUCCUUCCAAAGAUGAGACCAAUUGGCCAUGAUGGGUAUCAUCCCACCUCCGUAGCUGAGUGGCUGGAUUCCAUUGAGCUGGGUGAUUACACCAAAGCCUUUCUAAUUAAUGGCUACACGUCGAUGGACCUAUUGAAAAAAAUCUGGGAAGUGGAACUUAUUAAUGUUUUAAAAAUCAGUUUGAUUGGCCACAGGAAACGCAUUUUGGCUUCUCUCGGAGACAGGCUGCACGAAGAUCCUCCACAGAAGCCCCCUCGGUCCAUCACCCUCAGGGAACCCAGUGGUAAUCACACUCCUCCUCAGUUGUCUCCAUCACUUAGCCAAAGCACUUACACCACUGGUGGCUCCCUAGACGUUCCUCACAUUAUCAUGCAGGGCGAUGCAAGGAGGAGAAGAAAUGAAAACUACUUUGAUGAUAUUCCCCGAUCAAAACUGGAGAGGCAGAUGGCUCAGUCGUCUGUCUGUGAGAUAUGGACGAAUCAGAAUGCUGGAUUUCCUUUCUCAGCGAUCCAUCAGGUUCAUAAUACAGGAGACUGGGGAGAACCUUCUAUCACCUUGCGGCCUCCAAAUGAAGCCACAGCCUCAACUCCAGUGCAGUACUGGCAGCAUCACCCAGAGAAGCUCAUCUUCCAGUCAUGUGACUACAAGGCUUUUUAUUUAGGUUCUAUGCUGAUAAAAGAGCUCAGGGGGACAGAAUCCACCCAAGAUGCUUGCGCAAAAAUGAGGGCUAACUGUCAGAAGUCUACAGAGCAAAUGAAGAAGGUCCCUACUAUUAUUCUUUCAGUCUCAUAUAAAGGAGUCAAGUUUAUUGAUGCAACAAAUAAGAACAUAAUUGCUGAGCAUGAAAUUCGUAAUAUUUCCUGUGCUGCCCAAGACCCUGAAGACCUCUCAACGUUUGCUUAUAUCACAAAAGAUUUGAAGUCCAAUCACCACUACUGUCACGUGUUUACUGCCUUCGAUGUGAAUCUAGCUUACGAAAUCAUCCUCACACUGGGCCAGGCAUUUGAGGUGGCUUACCAGCUCGCACUGCAAGCAAGAAAAGGGGGACAUUCCUCCACACUCCCGGAAAGCUUUGAAAACAAGCCCUCCAAGCCCAUCCCCAAGCCCCGCGUCAGCAUUCGCAAGUCCGUGCAGAUCGACCCUUCUGAGCAAAAGACUCUGGCCAAUCUGCCGUGGAUUGUGGAGCCGGGGCAAGAAGCCAAGCGGGGCAUUAAUACCAAGUAUGAAACCACGAUUUUCUGAUAGCCGCCGUCCCGUCCUCGCGGCGCCUGGCUCGCCAGCCGUCCCGGAGCAGGCUUUCCUCGGCGGCCCGGCCCGGGAGGAAGACUGCUCUGCUCGCGCCCGCCGGGGCCGGCGCUCGGCGAGGGGGGGGGGGGGCUUUCCCUCCCGCACCCUGCC